GCUUUGGUGGUGAACAGGGAGAUGAUACUGGAGGUGGCCCCACAAGGUCCUGUGAUGGUGACCUGGGCCAAUUUCCAUUACCUCGAUUUUGUUCUGAACUGGCUGGCGCAUGUCAAUGCACUUGGGAUCAAGCCCCUGGUUGGGGCCAUGGAUGAUAAGAUACUGCAGGCGCUGGUGGACCGAGGGGUGCACACUUUUGCGAUGAGGAGCGGUCUGUCAGAGGAUGACUUUGGGUGGGGAAGUGCCAGCUUCCACAAAAUGGGGCGGGAGAAGAUUCAAUUGAUAUACACGUUCACAAAGAUGGGCUUUGACAUACUGGUGGCCGAUGUGGACACAGUAUGGAACCCAUUCCCAUACAUGGCAAGGUACCCAGAUGCAGACAUUCUCACGUCCAGUGACCAUCUGAGAAAUUCAACAGCAGAUGAUGGCCUGGAGAGGUUUCCAGACGCGGGCUCAGCAGCCAACAUCGGCAUAAUGCUGGUCCGCAAGGGGGCCCUUAGUUUAGCCAAGGAAUGGAAUGAGGUGCUCUUGGCGGAUGACCAAGUGUGGGACCAGAAUGCCUUCAAUGAUUUGUUCCGGCGAGACAUGAAGUUUGACGGGCCCGAGAGCGCAAAUCGCAUCUUCAGGGGCUAUGAUGGGAACCUGAGGGUGGGAAUUUUGCCGGUGGCGCUUUUUGCGUCGGGCCACACCUACUUUGUGCAGAGGCUGCAUGAGCAGAUGGGCCUGGAUGUGUACGCCGUGCACGCCACCUUCCAGUACUCUGGCACCCCUGGCAAGCGCCACAGAAUGCGCGAGCGCCUGCUUUGGCUGGCGGACCCACCUGAGUACUAUGAUCCCCCGGGGGGCCUGCUGAGCUUUGAUUUCCAGCUUGGAGACCUGGUGAACAAGAGCGUGCCCACUAACGGUGGAGAGGCUCUGGAGGACUACAAGGGUCACUUUGAGCUCGUCAAUGCGCAGCUGCAGCAGAUAAGGAACGCGAUGGCGGUGGCGACGGCGCUUGGCCGCACGCUGGUGAUUCCGGCGCUGUGGUGCGGCGCGGACCGCUGGUGGGCGCCCCACAAUGGGAUCAUCCCAGGCUCCGCCCUGCGCCUGCCCUUCCAGUGCCCCCUGGACCACGUCCUUGACCUGGAGCAGAUGAGCAAGGAGUUUCCAGAGGCGGAGUUUGGACCCGACAUACCGUACAGGGAAUACUCCUUUCUGGACAACCCGAAAACAAACAUCACCGAGGCCGGCAUUUUCAAUGUCGUUGUCUGCCAGGUCCGGCGGGAUUGCAGGCCCCCAGAUGCACAGGCAAACUCAGUGGCCUUGCAAUCUGACCCGGAGCAUGCAAGCCUCAUCCAGGCACUGGCGCCCUUCAGCAGCAAGCGCGUGCUUCACUUCGAAGACAUGCGGCACGCCUAUGGCAAUUUUCCAACCAAGGAGUACAGGGAUAGGUUUGAGCAGAGAACAAAGCUGUACACAAGCCUGUGGUGCUGUGUGGACAAGCAUCCAGGACAUGUGUGGUAUGACAUGUGGUGGGAUGUUAUUCCCCAUACGGACCGGCACAACAGGAUACAAAGCGGGACCUGGGUGCCAGUGACAGGACCUUGA